AUGUCACAUGUCGCUGUGUGUGAAAAUGUCUACUGGCAGUGAAGCGAAGAAACCCAAAAUGAUGUCCCCUCAGCCCGUAGAGAGGGUGGACUGGAAGAAAAGGAAAGCAGAGAUAAAAGAGUCUCAGAAGCAAAGAAAAGAGGCCAAACUGAUCAAACAGCUGGACAAGCAGAAGGAGCUUGAGGCUGCGGAGGCUUCACAAUCUGAACCGAGCCAAAUCAAAAAAGGUCGAGACUACACAGUGAGCAUUGCCCUGCCAGGGUCUGUCCUGGAUAACGCUCAGUCCACUGAGCUCCGUACAUACCUGGCCGGACAGAUCGCCCGAGCCUGCGUGGUGUUCUGUGUUGACGAGAUUGUCGUGUUUGAUGAAUAUGGAGAAGAUGUCAAGAGCGUUGAAGGAGAAUUCACAGGUGUGGGGAAGAAAGGCCAUGCUUGUAUUCAGCUCGCCCGAAUACUGCAGUACCUGGAAUGUCCUCAGUAUCUGCGUAAAUGGUUUUUCCCAAAGCAUCAAGAUUUACAGUACGCAGGGUUACUGAACCCUUUAGACUCUCCGCACCACAUGAGGAUAGAUGAUGAAUCAGACUACCGGGAGGGGAUAGUCCUCGACAGGCCGACCAAACAAGGGAAAGGAUCUUUAGUCAACUGUGGGAUGAGGAAAGAUGUCCGGAUUGAUAAACAGCUCCAGUCUGGACUUCGAGUCACAGUAAAGCUCAAUACAACACAGAACCAAGAGAGCAAACUAUAUAAAGGUGUAGUAGUGGCUCCUCACAUACCCAGAACUGAAGGAGGUGUCUACUGGGGCUACAGCGCCCGCCUCGCAUCAUGUCUCAGUGCAGUUUUCACAGAGAGUCCUUACAAAGAAGGAUACGACCUGACUAUUGGAACAUCAGAGAGAGGGAGCCACCUGGACCAAACAUCACUGUCACCAUUCAAGCAUCUCCUGGUAGUUUUUGGGGGUCUUCAGGGAUUAGAGGCCAGCGUGGAUGCAGACCAGAACCUGGAAGUGACUGACCCCAGUGUUUUAUUUGACCUGUAUCUGAACACAUGCCCGGGGCAGGGCAGCAGGACCAUUCGCACGGAGGAGGCCAUCUUAGUCUCCAUGGCAGGGUUGAGACAGAAAAUCACAGCUGCUUUCACAGAUGUUUCCAAUGGUGCAUUAAAGAGUUAGUAACAACAGAUAUUUUAUCAUCUAACAUGUUGUUACGGUAACGCUCUUUAUUUUCUGUGAUUAAUAAUAUGACUGACGGGCAUUUUCUGCAGCUGUUGGAACAGCUGUUACCUCCAACAUCACAUCACUCACAGUAUACUGAGUGCAGUCAGACAUGUUUCAAACCUCUCUUGUGUUAGUUUAAUUUCAGAAUGUCUGUUUCCGAAUUCUGCGACAAAUUGUACAUAUUUAAAUAAAAUAAUCCACAAGCUUGAA